AUAUAAUAUGGAAGAACAGAUCUCUUCACGGAGGAUAAGUAAAAUUCGGCCGAUCCAAGAGACGAAGGCAAGGAUAGUCCAGAAGCUAAACUGCAGGAACAAGAUCACUGACUACAAAUUAUUAUGUGACUGCUAUACUUCCUUAAUAAGGUUCCAUAAGGAGCGAUGGGAUAUAGUCAUUAAGCAACUAAAAAUGAUGGAAGACAAGAGCAAUAAAGGAUUUGAAACCCAUAAAGAAGAACUUCAGAGCGAACUGCUAGAGACUCAUAAAUAAGUUACAAGCUAUUACAGAGGUGCUGAGUAAGAAGACACAGAUGUGGAAGCAGAUGGAGAUUGAUAAUCAAUUAUAUAAAGAAGACCUAGCUGUAAAAGAAAAGAGCAUCAACGCAUACAUGGAACUUAUUAACCAAAAAUAACGAGGAAAUCCAGGACCUCAAAGAACAACUGUCUCUUAAAAAUAGCCAAAUAGGCACCUUAAAAUCCGACUACCAAGAGCUUGAUCAGAAGUACAAGACCAAAUUGUUUGAAAUUGCUAAAAAGAAGAAGCGAGCUAGGACCACUACUAAUAUUCCUAGGCCAGAGUCUCCCCCGAGGGGGGAGACUCCUAGGGCUAUUACUAAGGUGUGGACUCAGACUCAGGACUUGCAAAAGGAGAACAAUAAGAAUGAAGAGAAUUUAGAUUUGAGUGAUGAUAUAGAGGGCGCCCCUGUCAACCGAGUCAGACCUUCACUGACUAAGGAGAAUAUGGGGGAGCAGGGAUUUGAGGAGUCUGAGAGCGGGAGUUCUGAAGAAAUUGAUGAUUAUAUGGAGAUUAAUUUUGAUAUCCAGCAGGAACAGGAUAGGUCAAUGACCCUUUCACAGAAGGAUAUACAGUUUAGAAAACAUACGUUUGAUUUUGUGACUUCUAACCCAGAAGUUGGAAAGAAGAGUCAGAGGUUUGAUAAGUUAUUGUCUUCAGGUGUACUUACAGGAGGUCUAUAUCGAGAAAUCCCUAAUGCCCAUUAUUGUGAAAUCACAACUAUAGCUAUUAGUAAUGACGGUGCUCUAUUGGCAACAGGAGGUGAAGAUGGUAUAGUCAAGGUCUGGGAUACCAAAAGUUUCUUUGAAAUUCCCCUAUUCAAGAAAGUUUCUGACUCUCCUUCCCAGAAGAAGGUUAAAAAGAACUGACUGGCUCAGGAUAAAUUUGAGUAUGAAAAAUCUCCCCAACCAAUCUCAUGAUUAUGUUUCAGCUAUUGCUCCACCUAUCUCGGAGUUGCCAGUAAUGAUAUCAAGAUUUGGAAGAUAAGCAGGACAACCAUUGAGCUGAAAAGAACAAUUACAGGGAUUAAAUCGGGUAUCAAUGUGAUCAAAUUCAUGAUAGGAGAUUCCUUUCUUGAGCCAUGUCUCAUAUCAGGAUCAUCAGACCGAACUAUAAGAAUUUGGGAUAAAGAUAAAUAACCAUGUUAUAAAUUGAGUUUCCACCUGUCUUUGUCUUGAUACUAUAAUGACUGAUAAAUUUAUUGCUUCUGGGCAUAUUGAUGGGAGUAUCCGAUUAUGGUCGGGAAAACAAAGGUCACUAAUUUAUCGAUUUGCAAAGCUUCAUGAUGACGCAGUCACAUCGCUAUGUAUCAAUGCGCUUACAUCGACGAUCACUUCGGUAGGCAAGGAUCAUUCUGUGAGGCUAAUAGAUUACCGAGACUUUUCAAUAUUGGAUGAGGUCUGGCCAGACGAGUACAUCAACAUAAAGCAUUCGUCAGAGUCAAUCUCAUGUGGCUCUUACUCUCAGCAUAUUGUCAUCGCCAGUGCUGAUGAAAACCUGCUGAUUUAUAAUCUAGAGAAGGAGAGUAGAGAGAAAGGACCGAAGAGACUUGCAGUAGGUCGGUCUCAAUCUAUGUUUCAGAAGGAUAACUUUCAGUUCUUUAAUAGCGCCCCUCUUAAGCUGAAGCUAGCCAAGGUCAUUGAUUCCGGAGAGAAAAGAGGAUUUGAUAAGAAGGUAGAAAGUCUUUUGUCUAGUAUGAAAAAGUCAAACCAUAGGACCAGAAGUAUUAACUGCAUUGCCUGACACCCUCAAGAAGAUACCUUUAUCACCGCUGAUAACGAGGGAAGAAUCAUGUUGUGGGAUUAAUUUUUAUUCAUCCCAAAUUUCUAUAAG